UUAUUAGCAAUGAUUAUCCCUCAGUUAUAGUUUCCCAGAGAUAUGCAACUAGAAGGAAGUCCGUCGCGUGUUAUAUGUGUCUAGGCUAGCAAGUUAUUAACAUAUAUUCUUGUUCUUUGCCGGAGAUUUAAACUGUGGAAUGAUUCUGUGAUUGAUUUUCGUGUGUGCGUGUAAGGCAAUCAAUUGCAAGAUUAUAAUCUACACGCGAGAAUAAAUUUUGCACACCUUCGUCUAAAGUAGUAUGUAAUAUGAUGAUAGAAAAGAAACCUUUAUUUCCACACAGGUGGUUUCAGCGGAAAAGAGAAUGAAGUAAAGAAAGAAAUACAAGUAUAUUUAGGGCUACUUUCAGAACGGAUUUGUUCCAUAGUGGCCAUUUGAAGGGAAAAUAAAACUUUUUGCUUUUAAAGAUAUAUAUUUGUAUAUACAUAGAGUGUCUAUCCGAAUUCAGACAAUUGAAUCAAAUAUAACAUAUCAUGGAUUUGAUAACAGCUAUCUCAAAGCCCCGAAUCAUACGUGGAAGUGACAUCAAAACCUGAAUAAUUAAAUAAAAAAAGAGAUAGAGCUAGAAAAAAGUGUGAGAAAAAAAGAUAUUCCCCAGUUUACAAUUGAAGAAAGAGAAGGCAGGAGAAGGAAAAGGAAGGAAGAGAGGAAAUUGUAAUAAUAACACGAAGUGUAAGAAAAGUGAUGACUUGUACGAGAUAAAACUUAAAUCGCGUGUGAUGUUUCCCCAACUCGUUUUCGUGGCUCAGCUGAGUGUCUUCCUCCACCUGAUCUUCGCCAGCGAGCCAGCAUGGGCGGCAGAUGACACCGUCUACGCGUCUGCCAUGGCGAUGGUGCAGGAGAAGGCGAGGCUGCCAUGUGACGUGACCUCCUCCUUGGCCAAUGACAGGGUUGUGCUCAUCCUGUGGUACCGAGGAGCAGCUGGGACGCCCAUCUACAGCUUCGACGCCCGCGGGAGCAAGAUCGAGAAAGGCAAGCACUGGGCUGACGAAAGACUUCUGGACAAGAGGGCCUACUUCCAGCUCCUGCCGGGGAACUCCUUCGGGGGAUCUGCGGCUUCAGGAGCCCACCUGGAGAUCCACCCCGUGCUGGACCGCGACCAGGCCGUCUACAGGUGUCGCGUCGACUUCCUGCUCUCGCCCACCAAGAACACCAUCGUCAACUUCACCGUCAUCAUCCCCCCCAAGAAGCCAGAGAUCUACAACGAGACCAACCACCUCGUUACGGGGGACAAUGACGCCUCCAUCAUCGGUCCUUAUAACGAGGGGUCGGCGCUCAAGCUCACCUGUGUUGUUAAUGGAGGUCGUCCCACGCCAGUCGUACAGUGGCUGGUCAACGACGAGGUGAGGUCGUCCCAAGAUUCCCGCUCGCCUCCUGGAGUGAUCAACACGACCCUUGUUGUCCCAAGGCUCUCGAGGAACGACCUGCACGCCGUGUUCGAGUGUCGUGCGACCAACUUCAACGACUCGGCUCCCAUCUCGUCCACGGUCACUCUGGACAUGAACUUCCAGCCCAUGAACGUGAGCAUCCUGAGCAGCAGCAGCUCCCUCAGCGCGGAGACGGAAUACGAGCUCGUGUGCCAAGCCUGGGGUUCGAGGCCGGCCGCGGUCAUCAGCUGGUGGAAGGGUGGCACUCUGGCACUCAAGGAGGCGGUCAUGACGACGUCCCCUGACAGCAACGUAACGACAUCCAUCCUCAAAUACCGAGCCGAGAUGAGUGACAGCGGCAAGUACUUGACGUGUCGCGCGGAGAACAAGCAGAUUCCUCAGUCGGCGCGAGAGGACGGCAUCAAGCUCAACAUUCACUACAAGCCCGUGGUGACCCUCCAGAUGGGCAGCACCUUAGACCCGGAGAACAUCAAGGAAGGGGACGACGUGUAUUUCGAGUGCCACAUCAAUGCCAACCCGGAGGUCCAGCGGGUACUUUGGUAUCAUAAUGGCAAACCUUUAGAACACCGUACCAACCGAGGCAUCAUUAUACAGAACCAGACGUUAGUGUUGCAGAAAAUCAACCGAGAAUCAGCUGGAUUUUACACCUGUCGAGCAGUUAAUAUGGAGGGGGAGGGGGAGAGCCAGCCCGUGGAACUCCAAGUUAUGUAUAAGCCGUACUGCCGGCAGCACAGAAAGACAGUGUACGGCACAGCUUUGCACGAGCCAGCCAGCGUGACGUGCGAAGUCGAAGCCAAUCCCGGUCCUGUGACGUUUCGAUGGACCUUCAACAACACAUCCGAACACCUGCCGAUCCCCGCGUCAGCUGUGUCGUCGCACAACUUCACCUCCGUGGCCAGCUACGCCCCCAAGAGCCACCUGGACUACGGGACGCUGCUGUGCUGGGCCUUCAACGACAUCGGGGUCCAGAGCGUCCCCUGCGCCUUCGCUAUCAUUGCUGCAAUGCGCCCCGACCCCCCGAAGAACUGCUCGAUCGCCAACAGAACGACGGACAUGAUCGAGGUGGAGUGCACGGCCGGCUUCGACGGCGGCCUCCCGCAGACGUUCUUCAUGGAGGUUUACGACUCGAGCACCUCCGCCCUCCACCGCAACCUGUCGUCCUCGGAGCCCGUGUUCGUGUUAACCUCUCUACGGCCUGGUCUUGCCUUCCUGAUGGUUACGUAUGCGGCUAAUAGCAAGGGGAGGAGCGCCUCCUUCAAGCUGGAGACGUUCACGUUGAAAGUUGCUGAGAAGAGGACAGGCCCCCCCACCCUCUUCGAAUUUACCCCCGUGCUGGGCGUGGUCAUCGGCGUGGUCCUCGCCCUCAUCCUCAUGGCCCUCGUCAUCAUGGUGGUCAUGAAAAUGCGUAGGCCUAGUCCGGGGCUUAACGGAGGUCACGGUUCGAACGAGGAGCUCAAGGGCGACCUGGAGAACAAGCCCUUGAACGUGGGCGUGUUGGGCGGAGGGCCGAGGGUCAAAGAGAGUGCGAGCGUGGGCGAGAGCGAGGACAAUGACCCGGAUAUUAUUCCUCACAAGACAGAUGUCAUGACGUACCAGGACUACGAGAGUAUAGACAGGAAAGGGCCUGGCCGUGGGGGAACAAAUAUUGAGAAUGUACCGUCAGUACGCACGCUACCCCACACGCAUAACCAGAGCCUCCCGAGCAAUAGGGCGUCCUUCGCCGACCUGCCGCUCCCGCCCGACGCCCAGCCAGGCUACCAGGUCAGCGCCACCGACCUGUGCCUCUUCGUCGCCAAGCGGAUGAGCGCCUACCAGCCGCUGCCCACCGACGACCCUGCCGCGCCCGCCGCCAGCGCCUCCUCCAAGCCCGCGGCCGGCAGCCCCGCGGCCAGCCCGGACGACGGUCACAUCUACGCCGCGGUGGCCCCGGUGGCCCGCGCGACGGCUCGCCCGGCGUCCGCGCACAUCUACGCCGCCGUGGACGCAGCCCCGUGCCGCGCCGUCGGACGCGCCUCGCCGCAGCACGCCCCUCCCGCACCCUCGAGCUCGCCGCCCGCGGGUCGGACGAGCGCCCUCGACUUCCCCGCCGGCGCACGCCUCCACGCCUCUCUCCCCCGCCCCAGGAGCAGCGCCGCCCACCUCGGCAGGGGCGGCAGUGGCCCACCCGCCGCCCUCGCACCCAACAACAUCUACGCCACCAUAGACGCCCGCAGAAGCCCUGUGGCGCCCGGAGCGAGCCCCGCCGCCCUCGCCUACGUCACGCUGGGCAACCGGGGGCACGCAAGGUCGCCGCUCGAUUUCCGAGACCCGCGGACGUCGGUCCGGCCGCCCGUCAUCCGGACGCCCAACGAGAGUGCUGUAUAG